GCCACUCACGGCUUGCGAGGUGUCAACCUGCGGCUGGUGGGAGAAUUCCCCGCACUUCAGGCCGUAGGAGAUUCGGGUUUCGGCUACUCCUGCCUGCAGCCCCUCUGUGAGGGCAGUGUAUUCCAGGCUACGCCCCACGCCUCCUCAUUGGCUUCUCCAGACACGUGGUCGAGUGGUCCCUCCUCCGGGUGGCCUGAGAGGCGGUACGCGAAGCCGCAUGGACAGCCUGGCGCCGGGCCGGUGGAGACGGCGGAGGACGGAGGAGCUGCCAGCCGCAGGGGACGCGAAACGGGCGUGCAGGAGGUCGGAACCAGGUGGACAUGAGUGCAGCGGCCACAUGCUAACCACCUGUGCCCUGCUGUCCUGGAGCACAGAGGACCAGGAGCCCAGGUCAGGAGGCCUGCCUGCAUCAUACCCAGAGUGUAGCCAGGAGAGGCUGAGCUCAAUGGUUCUGCAGAAUGGCGGAAGGAGUUCAGCCCAGCCUUGUCUGAGGUGUAUCGCGGGGGAAUCUGCUGCUGGGAGUUGCUUCCCACCUCUGUUAUCUCUGAGUUUAUGCGGAGCAGGGCUGUCCACAUGCCAGUUAUUCCUGCUCUUUUCUGUGCCACCAAGAAAUGGCGCCACACUUGGUGUGUCAGUCUGAAGGUCAGGCUGGACGACAGGACAGGGCCAUUUUAACCAUACCAACAAUCAUUAGAAGAUGCAAACAAGAUGAAGGAAGAUGCCAGUUGAAUUUGAAUCCUCACUUGAUGGCCAGUGCACAUCCCUUACAGCUUGCCUGGGUGCCCACCUGUACAAAUGACAGCCAGGGCUCCCUGCAGAAGUUUUCUGCCUCUUAGGUAAUCCCACUGCCCUCUGCAGAAGGCCAGGGACAUCCUGAGUGGGAUGGCUCAUCGUAGCCACUUUUGUAAUGUCUUCUGCUGGACAGGAAAUCAUCUAGAAGUCAGAACAUUCUGUACCAAACUGGAGGUUCUGGGUCCUCAUAGCUCGUGUAGUCGUUGGGCACAGCCGGAGAUCCCCCGCCUAUGGACUAUGGGUUGCUUCUGGACAUUGCUGGGCUGCUCACAUGCUCUUUUUAAUUAAAAGACUUAUUUUUGUAUUUUAAAUGCUCUAUAAUCUUGAUGUGAAUUUUACUAAAUGCUGAUGUCCAAUCAAGCUAUGUAAUUCUCCAACUGAAGUUAUCAGGGACAGAACCCCAUUUAUAUUAAAAUGGAAAUUGUGGACAAC